AUCGAGAAGCGCAUCGAGGGAGAGCAUGUGGUGCUGGCUGACUGUGUCCGCGACGGCGUGGCCUUUUCCGAGAUGGCGUAUUACAGCACGCCCAACGGGACCAAGCCGAUCGAUGUGGCCACUGUGAACAUGACAACAGGCGAGACGGCCGACUGGGUCGGUCACACCACGUCGGCCUUGUUCACCAGCACCACCACCACCUUCAAGGCCGUGCUUGGCUCGCCUGAAGGCGAGGGCCAGUAUGCGGGAUCCGGCGACAAUGGCUAUCCCGGGCCCUUCUACUGUUAUGUGCGACGGGUCGCCAAUCGCUAUGUCGACAAAGGCGCCGUCUGCUCGCAGCUCUAUGACUGCACGCACGAUGCUCCGCCA